AUGAUUGAGAGUGUAUCACGUCGCGCGUUUGGUAGUUCAAGUGGUACAUACAACGUGCGCGCCUGUGAGCUGGCGCGAGAACGAAAGCUUAACAUCUUCAAUGUCACUGUGCAUUUUUUGGACGAUACCCAGCAAUCUUUUCAAAUAGAGAAAAAAUCUAAAGGUAGUGUUCUCCUUGAACUAGUAUUCCAACAUUUGGAGCUUGUGGAAAAGGAUUACUUUGGACUACAGUUUACGGAAAAUGGAUCACCUCCAAAUGCAACAAAUACUGAGAUAACGCGUUGGUUAGACAGCAGUAAGUCUGUAAAAAAGCAAGUUGGUGCAAAUGCACAAUUUUGGCUGGCCGUUCGUUUCUAUCCACCGGAACCUAGUCGCCUAUCUGAGGAGUUUACCCGAUAUCUACUCUGCCUUCAGCUACGGAAAUUACUACUUGAUGGAAGGAUGACAGCACCUAAAAACACAGCCCUACUGCUUGCUUCUUUUACAGUACAAGCGGAGCUGGGCGACUACACGGCGGCGGCGGAGGGCGGCGCGGGGGCGGGGGCGGGCGCGGGCUACGCGGCGGCGCUGCGGCUGGUGGCGCGCGCGGCGCCGGACGACGAGCGGCGCGUGCGCGAGCUGCACAAGCUGCACCGCGGCCAGGCGCCCGCCGACGCGGACGCCAACUUCCUCGAGCACGCCAAGCGCCUCGACUGCUACGGCGUCGACUCGCACCCCGCCAAGGACUAUAAUGGGAAGGACAUAUUCAUUGGUGUAACAUCAAUUGGUAUAGUCGUAUUCCAAAACAACAUUCGCGUGAACACAUUCUCUUGGAGUAAAAUCGUCAAGAUAUCCUUCAAGAAGAAACAGUUUUUUAUACAAUUAAAACGAGAACCAUCGGAAAGCUACGACACGGUGUUGGGGUUCAACAUGCGGUCGGGGCGCGCUGCUAAAGCGCUGUGGCGCUGCAGCGUGGAGCGGCACGGGUUCUUCCGGCUACGCGCGCCGCGGCGCCGGCCGCUGCUGGGAGCGCUGGGAGCGCUGGGCGCGCUGGCCGGGCUCGCCGCGCACAGCGCGCCCACCGUCGCGCGCACCGAGACACAGGCGCUCGAGCACGCCCGCCGCGAGCGCUCCACCAACAGGACCUUCGUCAGACGCAGCAGUUCUCGCACUCGAGAGCGUUCUGUGGGUGCUAGCACGGGCUCCAACGUGUGCGUGACGUCAUCACCCGCGCUCACUGUGAACGGCGCCCGUGGCUCCCGCGUAACGCACGACGAGCCGCCGCCGCGCCCGGCCUGGGGAGACGCACCGCCGCCAGACGAAGAAUCGGGUGGGUUUCUGGAGCGGGCGCUGCGCGUGCCGCUGUCGUACGCAGACGAGUCGGAGUCGUCGGAGUGCGCGGAGUGCGGCGGCGGCGAGGUGCCGGUGCGGCUGGCGGCCGGCGCAGACGGACGCUUCGGCUUCAACGUGCGCGGCGGCGGCGGCGCGCCCGUGCUCGUGUCGCGCGUCGCGCCGCGCGCGCGCUCCACGCUGCAGGAGGGCGACCAGGUGAUAUCAAUAAACGACCAGGAUGUGGAAGAAAUGACUCACGAUGAAAUUGUGCAGUUGAUAAGAAAUACGAAAGGAGUUCUCACAUUGGUUGUUAGACCGAAUGCGGUGUACUCUGCGGAGGAGAGUGCGGGCAGCGAGGAGCCGGCGGUGUGCUUCGUGCCGCUGGGGGGCGCGGGGAGCGUGGGCGGUGCGGCGGGCGGGGCGGGGGGUGCGGGCGAGCCGGCGCAGUCGCUGCUGCUGCUGGGCGACGGGCUGGCGUCCGGCGCCGCGCUGCGCCAGUACGACGCGCUGCUGCGCCGCCUCGACCUGCCCAGCCUCGCCUCGCGCCGCGCAUGCAACCUCGCCAAGAACCGCUACAGGGACAUCGCACCAUACGACUCGACGCGAGUGAUACUUAAGAAUGGACCAACUGGCGAUUAUAUUAAUGCUUCAUACAUUAAUAUGGAAAUACCAAACUCUGAUCUCGUCCUGACGUAUAUUGCAACACAAGGUCCACUAGCUUCAACAGUUGGAGAUUUCUGGCAAAUGGUGUGGGAGAGUGAGAGUAGCCUCAUAGUAAUGUUAACGGUACUGGUAGAACGUGGACGGGCCAAAUGUCAUCAGUACUGGCCUAAAGUUGGCACGACACCAUUAAAAGCCACAGACACAUUGACCAUACUUACACACAGUGAACAGAACCUGGGACAUUACAUUAGGAGAGAAAUGACUAUAAAGGAGAGCAGCGGCGCGUCCCGCAACGUGACGCAGCUGCAGUACACGGCGUGGCCGGACCACGGCGUGCCCGACGAUCCCGCCGCCUUCAUAAGCUUCACGCAGCUCUGCUCCAGGCUGAGAAACCAUCGGGCUGUGAUCCCAGAGGAGGAAGAAAGCGGUGAAACGGAGCGCGUGGUGGAGCCGCCGAUGGUGGUGCACUGCUCGGCGGGCGUGGGGCGCACGGGCGCGCUCGUGCUCGCCGAGACCGCGCUGGAGCUGCUCGCGCGCCGCCAGCCGCUCUACCCGCUCGACCUCGUGCGCGCCAUGCGCACGCAGCGCCCCAUGUGCAUACAGAACGCGAGCCAGUAUAAAUUUGUCUGCGAGAGUAUUCAAACGGCCUACGCCCAAGGACUUAUAAAGAUGGAGACUGAAUGA